AUGGCCUGGGUCCAGUCAACACCAGGCUCAGGUGGACGCGCCGCAUCCCCGACUGUUUUCGAGCAGCAGCGGGAGGAAUUAGUCCGGGACAUUGCAGUGGGUAUGGAGCAGGUUCUUCAAAAUAUCAACCGUCUGAAUCGGAAUCUGGAGAGCGUUAUCGCGGUUGGGAAUGAAUUCGGGUCUGUGGAAGCUCUAUGGUCUCAAUUUGAGAACUUUAUGGGACGGCCGGAAGAGGAGGGUGAAGAGGGCAGCAAUGGCAAUGGGAAUAGCCAUGGGAAGCGGAAAGUGAGUGGGGAGAGCGAUGUACCCAUCAAGUCAGAGAUUAAACAGGAGCCUGAGGAGGGUGAGUCGACUGUCAUGCAGUGA